AUGUUCAACAAGUUAGCAGUUUUAAAAUUAGAUUUAGGUCAUCGCCAUAAUGAUAUAACACUUCGGGAUAUUCAAUUGUGGAAUAAAAGUAACUUGGAGCAACAACAUGUAGAUAAGAAAUCUCAGGCUAAGGUUAUUACAAUGAAUGCAAAAUUUUUAACAUACGUCGACAUCAGUUGCCUUCCUAUAUGGCUAAUCAAUGAUAGCAAUAGUUCACAUGACAGUGAAUUAUAUUGUUUUACUACUAGUAACACUUCAUUGUCAUUUUUUAAGUCAAAACUUAAGUAUAACAACCGAGGAAUUGUAAUAGAAAUUAGUAAAGAUAAAAAUAAUAGGAAUCUUUCAAGUAGAGACAAUACAAAUCCCUUGAUCUUUUCAGAUCAUAUUGUCUUUUAUCAGGCAAAUAAUUUCAUUCAAUAUUUUUAUCUGAAUAUUGAUCGCAAAACUGAAAUUGAAUAUAAAAUAAAUAAAUUGGAAAAAUUGAAGUCAGAUACUGAACUUGUAAUUAAUACGGUAACAAAAUUAGAUGAAUAUUCUAAGUUAAACGAAGACCCUCGAAACAAGAUAGAUAAAAUUCUUAAGAAAUCUUACGAACAAAAUAGGAUGAACACAAAUAAAGUCAUGCGGAGUCUUCAGAUAAGUGACAAAAGAUUACAAUUCAAUGAUACUCUCUCCAAAGUUAUACUAGGUGGAUUAAGACUGAGAGGGAUACCUAAUACUCAAAUUGGAUUUCAAAAACUAUACAAAAUUACAUUUGAAGCUUCUGAAUUUGCAUUAAGAGAUGAACUUACUCAAUUAUUGCAUAAUAAAAUUCAAGAAAUAUCAUUCGAGAAACUACAAGAAACAGUUGAGGUUCUGUUAAACCUCUUCUUGAAAUCUUAG